CACCUGUCUGUUUAUACCCUGAUGCCUAGAUGGACAAGGUGUGUGUAUGUGCGUGUGUGUGUGUGUAUGUGUCUGAGUGAGUGUAAGGAGGCUGCAGGAAGAGGAACAGUGGGGGAUGGGCAGGAAAGUGGGCUGUGGGGUCAGAGAGGCGAUUUCACAUUCAUAGGCCCUGACUCAGCAGUUCCAUUCUCUGGCUCCUUCAGUGGCUUUGGUGGGGAUGCCCUGAGGGUCUCUCCAAGGUCAGAGUGGGCCCCAAGUCUGGGACCUGGCUUAGGGAUCACCCUUCUCGACUCCUAGGAAACACUCCUUGCAGCCUGGGUCCCCCUCUUACCCCGUCACAGGCUGGGGAAGGAGGUUCCCUUUGGGGGGCUGGUGUCCGUGUUAAGCCACUCAGUAACUGACCACUCUCUUCAAAGUGCCUGGGCAGGGGUCCAGGAUGACUGUGGGCAGGUCUCCUGGGUGCACCUGUUCUGGGCAUGCAUUAAUUGCCUGGUGUGGGUACCUGUGUGCACAAGUGUGUGUAUUCUUGGGCAGUAUAUGCUUCCUGUGGGUGUGUUACCAUGGUGGGGCAUUUCUGCAGUGUUCUUGUGUGUCUCUGGGAAUGCCCAGUGUUCACAGCUAGGUGUGCAUGGCUGUGAGUGCCCGAUGUGCAUGCAUUGGUGGUUGAAUGUAAGUGUUCUUGCAUGUUGCCUCUGGCUAAGGAAGUGCCAACUACCACCAGCUGUGCAGAUCACAGACCCUGCAACAGAAAUCAGGGUCCGGGAGUGAGCUGGCAGAAUGGUCUGGCACGUGUGCGCGCACACACACACACACACACACGCACACACUCUCUGUCUCAUUCAGCAGCCCAGUGACCAGCCUCCGGGUACACACACUAGGUGCCAGUGUGUGUACACUUUUAUUGGCGGAGUGAGUGAAGGGCGUCCCCCAGUCCCCCACACUCGUACAGAUGCACAGUGAUGCAUUUACCCUUACAGGAGAGAGCUGCGCCCCCCAGCACCACUCUAACUCUGAAACUCAUGGAUGGGAGGAGGAGAACAGAGAAGGGGGCUGCUGCCAGGUGCCCUCGGUCACCAGGCAUGUGCAGCCGCAACCCCGCCCCCACACCUACUCGUACCCUAGUCCAGGGUUCCAGGCAGAACUUAGAGUUUGGCCUCAAACUCUGGGAUUCCCAUGAGGCAGGACUGGGAAACCCCCAAGUCCUAGGUCUACCCCGCCCCCAUCUCUGCCUUUCCUUCCCCCACUGUUUCCGUCUUUAUCCCAGCAAAGCCCCUUCCUCUUCAGUGCUGGGGGCUCCAAGCCAGGGGCCCUCCGGAUGGUGGGAGGGGGGGCCAGGCUACCGGCUGGAAAAAGCCCCCAGCAGCCGUGCACCCACCGGGUUCCCCUUCUCUAGUCUCCUCGAAGCCUGGGCCCGUCCCUGAGCAUAGCCGGCAGAGGGCGCUGCGGCCCAGGCCCCGCACCAGCCCUGCUCCCGCGGCGCCCCAAGUCGGGGUCCACAGCCUCUCCUUCGGCUCGUCCCAGCCCCUGUGCUGCGCGAAGACCCCCCCGGCCGUUGCGGGAGGGUGCGGGACCCAAGGCCCCGAACCAAGGGGCGAGGGGCGAGGGUUCCUGGGUUCCUGAAAAAGACACUGAGGCCGGGUUUGGGGUCCGCCUGGUUGGGGGCCCGGGCGCCCGAGAACCUCGAGAGGCUGGGAGGAGCGCGGGUGCCGCGGAGCCGGGACGCCUGGGUCCCGCGCGGGGGAGGGAGUGGGCCUGUGGAGCCGCCGGACUGGCGGCUUCUGCGCCCUUGCAUUGGCUGCACUGCUCGUCCGUCAGCGCAGUGUGGUCCAAUGCGCGCGUCUCGGGGGCGGGCACUGGUGCUGAUGCUGCCGUCAGUCGGUGUUGCAGGGAUGCGGCGGCGGGAGCAGCCGCCCUGACUCGCGGAGCAUCCUCCUCGGAGAGGCACCGCGGCGGGGCGGGCGGGCGGGGACGCGGCGGGGAGUGAGAGAGGCGCGAGGCGGCAGACACCGCCAGCCCCGGCUCUGCCACCCGCCCGAGACGGAGACGGGGCGGCCCUGUGGCUCUGCUACCCACCCUCCAGCUUCUGGCGCCCCGAGAACCAGGCAUCCCUCCCCGCUCUUCCGUCGGAGCCCGCGGCGGGGGAGGGGCGCCGCCGCCGCCACCCGAGGGAAGCCGGCGCCUGGUCCUCUGCGCGCCUCGCCCCGCGGCCGGGCCCAUGGCACUGUGAGCCGGCAAGAGAGCCCCGCUCGGCGCGGGGAGCUCCCGGCCCCCUCCCGCCCCAUGCGCCCGCGGCUCUGAAGCCUGAGCGGGGGCCGGGGGCCUGGCGGGGCCGGGGCCGCCGGAGGCAUGGCGCCCGGGAGUCGGUGGCGGCUGCCACCGCCGCCGCCGCUGCUGCUGCUGCUGCUGCUGGCGCUGGCGGCGCGCGCGGACGGCCUGGAGUUCGGCGGCGGACCCGGGCAGUGGGCUCGCUACGCGCGCUGGGCAGGCGCGGCGAGCAGCGGCGAGCUUAGCUUCAGCCUGCGUACUAACGCCACGCGCGCGCUGCUGCUCUACCUGGAUGACGGCGGCGACUGCGACUUCCUGGAGCUGCUGCUGGUAGACGGCCGCCUGCGGCUGCGCUUCACGCUUUCAUGCGCCGAGCCGGCCACGCUGCAGCUGGACACGCCGGUGGCCGACGACCGCUGGCACAUGGUGCUGCUGACACGCGACGCGCGCCGCACGGCGCUGGCGGUGGACGGCGAGGCCCGCGCCGCGGAGGUGCGCUCCAAGCGGCGCGAGAUGCAGGUGGCCAGCGACCUGUUCGUGGGCGGCAUCCCGCCCGACGUGCGCCUCUCGGCGCUCACGCUGAGCACCGUCAAGUACGAGCCGCCCUUCCGCGGCCUCUUGGCCAACCUGAAACUGGGCGAGCGGCCCCCCGCGCUGCUGGGCAGCCAGGGCCUGCGCGGCGCCACCGCCGACCCGCUGUGCGCGCCCGCGCGCAACCCCUGCGCCAACGGCGGCCUCUGCACUGUGCUGGCCCCCGGCGAGGUGGGCUGCGACUGCAGCCACACGGGCUUCGGCGGCAAGUUCUGCAGCGAAGGUGAGCUCCGGGGAGCGGCCGCCUGGCGCCUGGGCGCGGGGGUGAGGUCCUGGGGCGCCCCGUGGGGGUCGGAGCCUGUGGGGGCUCCUGAGGCACGGGGGCUGGGCGCGAGGGCUUGUGAGUGGGUGCGAGCGCGCCAGGACUGCGGGGACGCGUGUCCGGGCGAGGGCGCGUGGGGUUGGCGGUGGGCGGGGCGAGCGGGCGUGGCCGGCGUGGGCGUGGUCAGCGUGAGUCCCGCGGCGACCUGUGGGCAGCCUGUGUGGCCAGGUUCUGAAGGGGCUGCUGAGGGUGGGGUGCACGAAGCCCUGUGGGCUUGGUGGGUGAGGGGCUGUGAGGCGCUGGUGAAGGCUUGUGGAUGGGGUCUGCGUGGACAGGGCUCAUUAAAGGCAGUGGGCGGGGACCAUGGGGCCCCUGGAGGACAGUGGGUGGGGCUUCUGCAUAGAGCGGGACCUCGUAUGAGGCCGUGAGGGGCGGUGGGUGGGGCCGGCGUGGAAAGGCCAGUGUGGGCAGGGCUUAUGAGACAGGGGGCAGGACCUCGUAUGAGGCCAUGAGGGGCUGUGAGUGGGGCCUGUGUGGAAGGCCAGUGUGGGCGGGGUCUAUGAGACAGGGGGCGGGGCCUCAUGUGAGACCGUGAGGGGCUGAGUGGGGCCUGUGUGGAAGGCCAGUGUGGGCGGGGCCUCGUGUGAGACCGUGAGGGGCUAUGAAUAGGACCUGUGUGGAAGGCCAGUGUGGUCAGGGCCUACGAGACAGGGCAGACCUUGUAUGAGGCUCUGAGGGGCUGAGUGGGGUCUGUGUGGAAGGCCAGUGUGAGCGGGGCCUAUUAGACAGGGGACUGGGCCUCCUGUGAGAUCAUGAGGGGCUGAGCGGGGCCUGUGUGGGCGGGGCCUAUGAGACAGGGGGCGAGGCCCCGUGUGAAACCGUGAGGGGCUGAGUGGGGCGUGUGUGGAGAGGCCAGUGUGGGCAGGGCCUAUGAGACAGGGAUUGGAGCCAUGUGGUGGGGCCUUCGGGCAGGGGGGCGUAGUCGACAGUGGGUCGCAGUCUUUGAAGGUCCGCGAGUGAAGGGCGGGAAGUGCGGCCUGUGCGGCCUGAACAAGCACCAAGGGAUGAGGGCCUAGGUGUGAGGACGCUGAGUGUAAGGAGAAGGGCACAAUAGCGAUUCCAGGGCAGGCGAGGGAGAAUGGGGAUUGCGAAGCUGUGGCCAGGAAGGGAGGGCUUCUUUUUCACCACAGAAUCCUCAGAGCGCCUUCAAAGAGUAAAGGGAAAGCGAGGGAGAGGGUGGCUGAGGCUUCUCAGGCUCCUUACGAGGAGUGGACAGUUUGGGUGAGGGGCAGGGAUGGCCAAUAGUUUCUCUUGAUGACAGACGGGGCGUGGAGCCCCUGAGAGCGUCGGGUUUGGUGGGAGAUUGCUGGGCUGGGCAGGGCGAGG